AUGGUUACAAAACCCGGAUCCACUACCAACUCUUUAUGGUUAGAUAUUGAAGCACUGUUUCGCGACAACAAGGAAGCACACACCAUGGAACUAGAGAACAAACUCAGGAAAAUGUCCAUGGGAGAUCGAUCAGUCAAUGAGUUCUACAAAAAGAUGAAAGUCACAGCCGACUUGCUUGGUAACAUUGGGAAUUUUGCUCCUGAACACACUCUUCUUAUGUAUUUUCUUAAUGGGUUAAACCUAAAAUAUGACCACCUUGUUGUUUUGAUACGCUACAAAGAUCCUCUCCCGAAUUUACUUCAGGCUCGAUCCAUCCUCACACUUGAGGAAAGCCGCCUUUCUCGAACCCGUCAAGCCACAACUCAUCAUUCGGAUCACGCCUCGGCUCCUACUGUUAUCUAUUCAGGCCAUCCCUCUCCACCUCAGAAUUGCAGCAACAACAAUAGAAACAACACUUGCAGCAACCACAACCGCAAUGGUAGCCACCGCAAUGGCUCCUCUCAUCGCCAACCCUCCACCGAGAAUCGCCAACUAUCGAAUUCUUCUUCUUGA